CACCCACUUGAUCCUCUUAAUGUUAUAAUGAUUGGUGAGAUCAGAUUAAUUACUGCAAAACACGGGAAGUUCUCAGAUGCAGAUGUUGGUCAUGCAACAUCAUUUGGAGAGAAAUUACUACAACUACAACCAUGUCGAGCAUAUGUAUAUGUGCUUCUUACAGAUUGUCAUGUGCUCAUGAUAAUUCAUGUUAGCAAAAUUAGUGAUGAUAAAUUCCAGUACAAAUAUACACGACUUGCAAAAUUAGAAUCUGAUGAUGGCAAACCAGCUGAAGGAUGGAAGCAGUUAGUUGCAUUACUGUUGCAAAAGCCAGAGACACUUGGUUGGAUAACAUCAUAUGUGUACCAUAAAGGAGAAGAAAUCAAAUUAUCAAGGUCAAUUGGUGUAGGAAGAACAUCUGUGGUAUAUGAAGGCAUUUAUAAUGAUAAUGAGGUGGCUGUUAAGGUAUUAAAAGACCCCCAAUUUCUUUAUUGCUUUAAACUGGAAGUUAAUGUGAUGAAAAAAUUAGCUGAGCUGAAUUCAAGUGUCCUUCUCAAAUGUCUGAUCACAAAUCUUGAUGACUAUAAUUCUGAUGAUUCUGAUCCAAUUUUUAUUGUCUUGUUUCCACUGUGCGGACAAUAUAAAAACUGGAGAAAGGAGGACAUUCCUCCCAUCAUUGAUACCUUGAAAAAGGUGCAUGAUAUGGGUAUAAUACAUCGUGAUUUUCGAAAAUGGAAUCUACUAAGAGAUCAAGAUGGUAAUGUUCGUAUAGCAGACUGGGGAUUUGCGGUGGAUGUUGAUGAAUCAACUACUUUUGCUGGAUCUUUGGAGACGCUGUCAGAUGAUGCACUACAAAAUAUUAUUGAUGAGGAGGAUAUUACAUAUACUUGUAGUAAUGA